AUGGACACAACAGAGACAAGACUAGUAAAACAGAAACUCAACGAGACACAACGCCACAAGACAGCAGAAACUGAACAAUAUGCAACGCCACAAAACAGCAGACACUCAACAAGAUAUAACCCCACAAGACAGCAGAAACUAAACAAUAUGCAACCCCACAAGACAGCAGACAAUCAACGAGACACCCAGUCACAAGACACCAGACAACCAACAAGAUACAACCCCACAAGACAGGAGUCACUUAACAAGAUUUUACGCCACAACUCAGCAGACAAUCAACGAGCCACAACGCCACAAAACAGCAGACAAUCAACGAGUCACAACGCCACAAGACAGCAGAUACUCAACGAGACUCAACGCCACAAGACAGCACCAGACACUCAACGAGACACACCGUCACAAGACAGCAGACACUCAACGAGACACAGACCCACAAGACAGCUGACACUCAACGAGACACCAAGCCACAAGACAGCAGAAACUCACCAAGAUAAAACCUCACAAGACAGCAGACGCUUAACAAAAUACAAGCCACAAGACAGAAGACAAUCAACGAGGCACAACGCCACAAGACACCAGACAAUCAACGAGACACAACGCCACAAGGGAGCAGAAACUCAACGAGAAACAAUCCCACAAGGGAGCAGACAAUCAACGAGACAUAACGCCAGAAGACAGCAGACAAUCAACGAAACACAACGCCACAAGGCAGCAGAAACUCAACAAGACAUAACGCCAGAAGACAGCAGAAACUCAAUGAGACAUAACGCCACAAUACAGCAUAAACUCAACAAGAUACAACCCAACAAGACAGCAGACAAUCAACGAUACAUAACGCCAGAAGACAGCAGACAAUCAACGAGACACAACGCCACAAGGCAGCAGAAACUCAACAAGAUACAACUCAACAAGACAGCAGACAAUCAACGAGACACAACGCCACAAGACAGCAUAAACUCAACAGGAUACAACCCAACAAGACAGCAGACAAUCAACGAGACACAACGCCACAAGACAGCAGAAACUCAACAAGAUACAACCCAACAAGACAGCAGACAAUCAACAAGACAUAACGCCAGAAGUCAGCAGAAACUCAACGUGACACAACGCCACAAGACAGCAUAA